GGGGCGGCGCAUGCGCGGCGCAGGGUGGGCGGCGGGCGGGGCCGGGAAGGGGCCUUGGCUUGCAGCUGCAGCCGGAUUUGUGCCCUCGCACCCGCGCCUUGUCGCCCUGUCGCCGCUGUCGCCAGUCGGCGCUGCGCCAGCCCCUCCAGGGUCUGGGACCCCCCCUGGGCCCCCUAAGGUCCCCCAGCGCCCCGGGUCCCCCCAGAUCCCCGCCCGGGUCCCCCGCAGCACCCCCGGCGCCCCAGAUCCCCGCCCGGCCCCGAGACAAAGCCUCCGGUUGCGGGGACCCCCGCUCGUCCGCUGCUCCCGCUGCUCGGCGCGAAGCUUCUGCAGAAACCGCCCCCCAGAUCCGGGGUGGGGACCCUCUGCGACCGCGGGCGGAGCUGCUGCCUCAGUGUCCCCGCCGCGCCAUUGUUCCAGGGGCGCUCGGACCCGGGGCUGCCGGCGAUGGUGUGAGCGUCCCCCGCCUGCCGGACAGCCCGGGGCGCCCAUGUCCCGGCCCCCGAGGGGGGGCGCCGGCCCGUGAGCAGCGCCCGCCAUGCCCGGGGGUCGCAGGGCCGCGGGGGCCGCCCCCUCGCCGCCGCGCCGCCUGGAGCCGGACUCCGGGGAGGGGACGGAGGAGCCCGGCCCCGCAGAGGAGGACGGCGACGAAGACCUGCGCGAUGGCGGUGUCCCCUUCUUUGUCAACCGCGGGGGGCUGCCUGUGGACGAGGCCACCUGGGAGCGCAUGUGGAAGCACGUGGCCAAGAUCCACCCCGACGGCGAGCGGGUGGCCCUGCGCAUCCGGGGGGCCACGGACCUGCCCAAGAUCCCCAUACCGAGUGUGCCUGCCUUCCCGCCCUCCACGCCAGUCCCCGAGCGCCUGGAGGCCGUGCAGCGCUACAUCAGGGAGCUUCAGUACAAUCACACAGGAACACAGUUCUUUGAAAUCAAGAAGAGCAGACCUCUGACAGGGCUGAUGGACCUGGCCAAGGAGAUGACCAAAGAGGCCCUGCCCAUCAAAUGCCUGGAAGCCGUCAUCCUGGGGAUUUACCUCACCAACAGCAUGCCCUCGCUGGACCGCUUCCCCAUCAGCUUCAAGACCUUCUUCUCAGGGAACUAUUUCCGCCACAUCGUGCUGGGGGUGAGCUACGGGGGGCGCUACGGGGCGCUGGGCAUGAGCCGGCGUGAGGACCUGAUGUACAAGCCGCCCGCCUUCCGCACGCUCAGCGAGCUGGUGCUGGACUACGAGGCCGCCUACGGGCGCUGCUGGCACGAGCUCAAGAAGGUGAAGCUGGGCCAGUGCGUGUCCCACGACCCGCACAGCGUGGAGCAGAUCGAGUGGAAGCACUCGGUGCUGGACGUGGAGCGGCUGGGCCGUGAGGACUUGCGCAAGGAGCUGGAGCGCCACGCCCGCGCCCUGCGGCUCAAGAUUGGUAAAGGUGCCGGCCCGCCCUCGCCCACCAAGGACCGGAAGAAGGAUGUGUCCUCCCCGCAGAGGGGCCAGUCCAGCCCCCACCGCAGGAACAGCCGCAGCGAGAGGCGGCCCUCGGGUGACAAGAAGCCUGCUGAGCCCAAAGCCAUGCCGGACCUCAACGGAUACCAGAUCCGGGUGUGAGGCGGGGAGGCCCCCGAAGUCACCCCCACCCCGCCCGGCCCGGGCAGAGAUGUGCCCGCGGUGGAGAGGGUCUCAGCCACGCCCUCCAUUUGGUCACGCCCCCUGCGAUGAACCACGCCCUCUCUCCGGCCACGCCCCUGUCGGUGAGCCACGCCCCUCCGGGGCCGGAGGCGGUAUUGUAUUAUUAUUUCGUAACUCCACUGAGUUUAAGGAUGGAAGAAGGACUGGACAAAUGGGUCAGCCGGUGGCUGGAGGGAGCGCCCAGUGUUGGGCGGGCAGGGCGCUGUCCCUGUCGUCUGUGGGACUUUGGGGCGGGGGGGGGGUAGCUGGCCCCCCAGGCUCAGGAAGCAGGGUAGGACUCCCCGGGAAAGGCAAGGCUGGCGGCGGAGGCCAUGGCUAGGGAGGCCGCAGGCGGGCCGGGCCUGAGCUGGAGAGGACCACGGGGAGGCCGGCUUGCUGGAGCAGGGGCUCAGCCUGCUGGGUGGUGGUCCUCCCCAAGGUCCCUGGGUUGGCACUGCCCCCGGGUCCUGGACCAGGGCUCCUGGACUCACUCAGUGGCCGUCAGGGUCGCCGGGGAGGGAGGGGCGGGGAGAGGCUGGCAGGCAGGGCUGCUGUGGGGCAGAGAGACUGGGUGUGGGGACAGCGGAGUGGGGGGGUGUAGGUGGUGGGAGGGGGCAGCUCUCUGUCAGGGGGGCUGGGAGGAACAGGAGGAAGUGAAGCGCUGUGGGGCAGUGGGGCUGGGUGGGGAGCGCUGCCAAGGAAGUAGGUACCAGCUAGAGGUGGGAAAGGAAGGGGGAGAAUGAGGUGGUCUGGGGGUGCAGGCAGGGGCCCCCAGUUUCUCUCCAAGCCAGCAGCCCUGGGCCCAGAGCCAGAUGCCAUAGGGAGAAGCUCCAGGGCCCCUGAGGAAGAGCUGUAAGGGGAGUUGAGGCAGAGAAAUGGGGAAUGGGGGGACCCCUGGGUGGGGGGGCUUCCCCAAGAAGGGCCCCUCUGCUCACCCAUUCCCAGCUGAAUGGGGCCCUGGGGGUGGGGGUUACACAGGUGCUUUCUGUCCUUGUUUUAUCUUUCUCAUGUAGCCCCCCUCUUCCCCCGAGUGUUUACAGGGCUCUGCCCCCACGGGUGGGCGGGCCUGGCUGCAGAUUUUGGGGGGGUUGAGGCAGGGACUUUGGGGCCUUAGUCACAUGCUCCUAUCACUUCAUCUCACCCCUGGGAGCAGGAAGCCCAGAGUGGAGCUUCUGGCUGGGGGGGAAGGUCUAGGGGGCACUGAAGGCAGGGGCAGGAGGGGUGACCUCAGAGUGUCCCCACACCUGGGCUGGCCUAGUCGGGGUGCUGGGUGCACCUCCCCCAUCGGCCGGUGGUCGUCUCCUUGGCCUCUGCAGUCAGUCCCUCUCCUCUCCUCCGUCACGCCAGCGGCCUGGCCCGAGUAGAGGAGCCCUGGAUGGGGGUCUGAGCCCCUGCCCAGCCUCUAGCCUGUACCCCAAGGCCCCCGGCCACCACAGCAGAGGGGCUUCCAGGCCCAGUGUUGGGGCGCAAACCAGCCAGGCCAUCCUGGGGAGCUGGGCUGGGAGGCAGCCCCGAGGUGCUAGCUGCGGCCAGGGUGGACCCCGCUGCUGGUGCCCCAAGUGCCCGCCUGGCAGUCUGAGGAGCACAGUGCCCGGCCAUGGGAUGGUGACUGUGUCUUCUAGGCCGUCCCUCCUGUUCCCACGUCAGUAUUGCCACAGUCCCCACACUUCGUCUCAUCCCUGUUCACGUCCCGUCAGAAUGAAUAAAGUCCCCUAGCUCUGUUUGGGCUGGGGGGAGCCACAGUGUGAA